UAUUUUUACGACGAAACAACAAGAAAUGCGAUUUUUUAAUUCCUCUCCGAAUGUGAAGCGGGCCACAGAUAAUGGAGCAACGGGCCACAUGUGGCCCGCGAGCCUGGGUUUGGACCACCCUGCUCUAUGUUCUUAAAGUUUUUUGUAUGGGAUAUGAUAAUAAUAUUGAUUUAUUUGUUUAGACAAGCAAUAUUCAUUCUACAAUACAUUGCUAUAUUAUGAUUUGGUUGUGUCAAAUUUUUUUUGUAAUAUAGGUGGAGUAAUUGAGCUGAUACUUUAUACCCUUCAUAAAUUAUGUAUUGUUUGAUUGAUAUGCUUAAUUCUCUCAUUCAGAAUUUAAAAAAUGAUUGAUACCUUAUAAAUAUAGAAAAUGGCAGGCAGGUACAAACUUCUGAAUCCAUUGGAUCUGCCUAAAGAAAAAAAGGGAGUAAAGGAUGCUGCAUCGAUUCAAUUGGAAAAUGAUGAUGAACCUGCAUCCCCUGUUCAGUUACCAGUGAGCGUGGAAGAGAUUCAUGAGAGACCUGUGCUCACACCUUUAAAAGACAAAGAAAUUAUGCAAUCUGUUGGACUUGUACGACAGUAUUUACGAGAUACUGGUGUAAAUGCAAAUAUGAAUAAAUUUACAUCAGCUCUUCUCCAAAACAAUAUUUUGCCAUAUAAUCCAUAUCCUGGGUAUAUCAAGAGAUUCCGAAAGUUAUCAGAAAAGUUUCAUACUAGAAGAGAAACGCUUCAAACAGUACAAAGAAAAAUACAACAGUGCCCCACAUUCUUGACAGGGACUGGGAUUUUGAGUGGAGUGAAAUUGCCUGGAGCAAAAUUAUGGGGACUGCAGCAUGUUUUGAGUGGUACAAAUCCCAAAAUCUUAAACGAUUAUAGGUCCAUUAUCAAGUCCUGCACUGUGGAUCAGACAAAAAUUAGUGGAAAAUUUGGUGAUGAUGUGGCUCUUUUACCAACAAUUACUGGUCCUUGUAUUUUCUCUGGGUCACUUCAUGACCAAUGUUUCAAACUUGAUGUUAGUGUCUCAGUUCUUGUGACAACCACCGAUUUUCAAGUUGCAGCAAAGAAUCUUGGUCUUGCAAUUUUAUUAGAUCUUGAACAUAUAUCUUCAAACACAGACCACCUUAUUAUAUCUUUGAAGGUACCGGUAAUUUCUGAUGAUACUUUUGUUACAAAAACAUGGAGUGCAGACGAGAUACAAUCAGUAUUAUCUUCCGCCAAUGUAUCAACUAAAGAUGAAUUUGUGCAAGCCAUUGGCGUAGCUGCGCUCAAGAAACAUGAUACUAUUGUACAAUUGCUAGCACAAACAAGUAAAGAUUCUAUUUCAAAGUUGAGUGGCCACUAUAUAAAAGUUGAAAAAUCCUACAACUUAAUGACAGUGAUGAAAAGUAAGAAUUCUGGACAAAUGUCAUUGUUUAUAUCGAAUGCACAGUACCAAGCACUUCAUGAAGGUUUAUUUAUCGAGAAAUCUGAUGCAGAGAUUUAUCUGAGUGCAUUUAAGAAGUAUUCUACAGCUGGAUCUCCUUUGUCACAGAAUGUAUGCAAUGCUGUGCAAAAAAUAUGGCAGGAAAGAAUCGCGGGAAAGCAAAUUGAAUCAAACUUGACUGAAAUCCUACAUCAUCAGUUUCUUAUGGAGCAUGUACAAAACCAGAACAAACCAUCAUCAACAAAAAAUGAAGAUUCACUAGCAAUACAAAUUUAUAGAGUUUUACGCGGCUUUGGCCAAAAAUUGGAAUACAUAAGCACUUUAAUAACCACAUUAAAUGACAUUGCUUCAUCAAAGUUUCUAUACUCUGAUGUAAAAAUAUUUCAAAAUGUUUUUUCACAGUGUCAAAGUUGUCUAAAUGAAUUCUUUGAUGAAACUGCUCAUGAACUGUCUUCAGCUGAAGCCUCAGCACGGCUUGUGAUAAGAUCAUAUUUGGGAAAAAUCGACAAAUUAGCAAAUGAUCAGAAGUUCAACAAAAUAAAACCAUAUUUGAGCUUUAUGAAGGGUUAUAUUAAAGCCAUAUCAUUUUGUUUAAUUGAAGAUUCACUUGAAGAGUUUGGCAAAAUACGAGCUGCACAAUCACAAAUAAAUGCUGUUUUGCAAGUAGAUUUUGGACAAGAUCUCAACAUUGAUCUCCGAUCGGAUGAAUUUCGACAUAAAACCGAGACUACUUCAUUCACCAGCAUCGAUAAAAAAAUACUAGACUUGUCAUUGACAAAUGUGGCAUCCCCUGCGCAAAUUUCACCGCAUGCCGCUCGAAUGCAAUACUGCAUUGAUGUGAGGAUUGAUGAAGUGUGGAAAACUUUCAUGAAUAAUAUGCUUAUAAUGAAAAACAAUCUUCCGGCAAAUCCUUACCCAAGCUUAGUCACCUUGCUGCGACAAGCCUCUUUGAAAGUUCAGCUUUUCCGUGAAGACAAUUCAGUCAUUGUUAGGAGAUUGCUUGGCAAACCAAAAUCUUAUGAUGAUAAGUUGAAAUUAUUUUCCAUUCCUGGUGCGUCUGCAUAUGGAACAUAUAGCGCUGUUUCUGCCCUGAAUUCAGUUGGUUUUCGUCAAAUUAGUACUAUGGCUUCUAGUGUAGCAAUAAUACCUCCACAGGCAGGAAAAGGAACACCUGCUGUAGCAGCUGGUGCAUUCGAGCUGAAAUCCUUUACAGCAAUUUCAAAUGAAGCUUUACUGUAUGGAUCAGUGACGCCCUAUAUAUCAACUAUUACUGUCAACGAAUACUGUUUCAUCAAGGGCUCACCGGCUCAAAAACAUGAUGGAAUAUUGAGGUUUUCAAAAGUACUGUUGAUUAACCUUGGAAACUUACAAACUCAGGGUAUUUUGCCAGUGAGAGCAUUUUUUUCUGAUGUGAAUUUGAAACUUAAUGAUUUGAAUGCUGUUUCAUCGGAGUUUCACAACCAGUUCGUGUCUACUGUUGAUACUCAACAACCCAUUAUGAUACAUUUGCUUAUGCCCCUGGACUGGCGUUACGUACUAAUUAAAAAGAUAAUCCAUGUUUAUUUUGUGAAUGAAAUGACAGAUGACACUACAUUUUUGACGAAACAUGAUCCACUCGCACCUCUGUGCCAGGUCUUUCUAAAUGGAAUUGAUGCCGCUGAAUACACAAGACGUAUUCAGAUUUUUGACGAAACGAAUGAUGAUUUAUUAAAAAGUAAGAUCAUGGAGACAUGGAAUGAAUUUGAUUGGCCAUCAUUCGCACAAUUUUUACUUGUGCAAGGAAUCGGUACCAGUGCUGGGGAAGACCUCACUGAGGAAAAAAUUGAAGCAAUAGGUUUCGGUUGGAAGUUAUUUCAUAGUCCCUAUGGUGCACUGCACUACUCAUCUGCUAUUGCUAAAGCUAUAAGGGAAGGAUUAAAAUAUGAUAUUAAAUCAGAUACGGCAUCAACAGUGAAAAAGAACCUCAAAGUGAUGCUCGCAGGUUAUCGUAAUAUUCUGAAUACUACUUUAACAGCGCAAAGUACAAUGUCAUCAUCAGCCUUGAAUCUCUAUUGUCAGGACUUGCUCCAAAAUGCUGCACCAGUUGGUACAGUGGAACUGACACAAGGGUCAAAUUUGCCAAGAGUGCUCGAUCAUGUAGCGAGCAUCACACAAGCGAUUUCAGAUUCUAUUGCUAUGGAUCUGGUUGAAUGCUUUCUAUCAAUAAGAAAGAUUGUCGACUCCAAAACAAAGUACUGAAUUAUCAUUUAUUUAUUGCACAGUUAAAUGUAUAUAAAUUAACAUAAAAUUACAAAUGACUGGACAAGUGAUCUUUUUGUAACAAUCCGUAAACUUCUUCAGACAUAUCAAUAGUCUGCUUUGUGAUAUAUUUAUUCGAAUUAUCUGCCAUUUUAUUUAAAAAAUAGCGAUAAUUCACCAUGAGGCCGCAAGACUGUUGCAUCCCAGAUAGGCUUUCAUCAGCCAUCCAAUUGACCC